AUGUCAGACUUUGGCCACACGUUUUCGAGAAGGGGGGGAGCGCGGUUAUUCUCCAAUUCGGCUCUGCCCGGGGCCCCUGCCGGUGCUGCCCCGGCCGCCCUAUCGCGACACCGGUUUAAGGCCGGUUACUUCCUCUCCAACACCCUCCUCGCUCGCUCCAAUGGCACAUCCGUCGCCUCUCCGGCCACCGAUAGGCCAACCACAGUUGCCGAUACACAAUCCCCCGCGACCACCACCAAUGACGUCCCCGCGACGUCAGAUACACCCCUCCUCCCGCAUCGCCGACGGCAAGCCGCGAGACGAGAUGAGCUCCGACAAACGAAAUCCCCAACAAACUCCAUGGCCACCUCCCUACCUCCCGACGCCUCCUCUCGCCUCGCCGACACUGCCGCGCGCGCACCGGCCGACUCCCUCCGCCGCACGCUCUCCGCCCUCCUCUCGCUCUCCAAACCCCGCCUAACCGUCCUCGUCGUCCUCUCGGCCAUGGUGCCGUACGCCCUCUACCCCGUGCCCGCCUUCCUCGCCUCCACCUCAGCAGGCCUAGCCGCAGCCGACGCCAUCCCGUCCCUCUCCCCGCUCACGCUGCUCUUCCUGACAACGGGCACAACCCUCUGCUCGGCAGCGGCCAACGCGCUCAACAUGCUGUACGAGCCGGACACGGACGCCAAGAUGACGCGGACGCGCACGCGGCCGCUGGUGCGGCGGCUGCUGAGCACGCGCUCCGCCGUGCUCUUCGCGGCCGGGUGCGGGGCGGCGGGCGUCGCCGCGCUGUACCUGGGCGUCAACCCGACGGUGGCCUUUUUGGGCGCCGCCAACAUCGCCCUCUACGCGGGCGCCUACACGCCGCUCAAGCGCGUCUCCGCCGUCAACACCUGGGUCGGCGCCGUCGUCGGCGGCAUCCCCCCGCUCAUGGGCUGGGCCGCCGCCGCGGGCGAGAGCGCCACCGGCGACGGCACCUGGCGCGAGCUGCUGUUUGCCGGGGAUGGGUCCAGCCUGGGGGGUUGGCUGUUUGCCGGGUUGUUGUUUGCCUGGCAGUUCCCGCACUUCAUGCCGCUGUCGUGGGGCAUCCGCGAGGAGUACAAGGCGGCCGGCCUGCGCAUGCUGUGCUGGGUCAACCCGGCCCGCAACGCGCGCGUCGCCCUGCGCUACAGCCUGGUCUUUGUCCCGCUCUGCCUGGGGCUGUGCGCCGCCGGCGUCACCGAGUGGAGUUUCGCGGUGACCAGCCUGCCGGUGAAUUUGUGGCUGGUCCGCGAGGCCGUCAAGUUCUGGCGCUACGAGGGCCACAAGGGGAGUGCGCGCAGCCUGUUCUGGGCCAGCGUCUGGCAUCUGCCUGUCAUCAUGGUGCUGGCCCUCGCGCAGAAAAAGGGCAUGUGGGCCCGCGUGUGGAGCAGUGUCACCGGCGCGCCGGAGGACGAGGACGACGAGUUUGACGACGACGAUGCCGAGUGGGUCGAGGUUGUUGGGGCCGGGUCCGGGUCUGGUGUCGGAAUUGUGGGUCCCGCCGCUGGCAAUACUACCAGUACUCGGAGGUAA